AUGCCGCUGGCUCAGCGCACGGAGUGGCGUCCGAGACCUACGGUGCCGAUAGAGCAUAACAGCACUCUCAGCACAGGCUGCCAACCUGCCGCCAUCACAGACGUGUUUUUCAGCUGUUGCGCGUCGCCUCUCUGCCAGGAGUCAGCGCUGCUUUCCAUCUUCAAGCAGCUCAGUGCCGAUCAACAGUGCGAUAUUCUCUCUAUGAUUCUGACGAGUGCAACAUCUUUUUCAAAACCGCAGCUUGCCAGCUACGUGGAGGAGGCCCUCCAAAACGAUUCAUUUUUGCCGGUACAUUGGGUGCGUCUUGCCACAAAUCUACCAGGAAUCAGUCAUGUGCCACCAUUGCCUUGGGUGCGUAUCACAGAGCGUGUGCUGUGCUCCUCCGCAGCCCCCUUCUCGUCUCGCGAUGACGCCUGGACGUUCAUCGCGCGCGUGCUGGGCUGCAUGGAGGAUGGGGGCAUCCCAAGGGACACGAUCGCGCAAUGCCUUGAGAGGUGCGGUCUUUUCUAUGAAGCGUGCGCGUACGCUUCAUCGUCGUCCAACUUUGUCCCACCACCGACGCGCCUGGUGCCGGAUGGAGGGUGGGGGUACGGUGACGUGAUACACUCUAUGUGCGCGCUGCCUGAGCCACCAAUGCGGUGGUUUUCUGCAACACGCAGCGGCAUGCCUCCUGUUCUGCGUCGCUACUCGACGCUUGUCUUGCUACGAUCGGUUGUGCGGAAGUGGGGUGUGACGGACAACGGCCACAACGACCGCUGGCGGACUUUUGCUGAAGCGUACAUGACGACGCUGGAGGCUGCCAGCGCCGUGCACUUCCUCUUCGGCGAAGGAAACGCUGUUACUGGGCGCUUCCUUCUGCCACACUGUCACACGCAGCAACAAAUCGCCACGGUAAUCCGCUACACAUGUCGGGUCGGCGUAGCCCUGGCCCUCGCGGGUUUGACGCGUUCCGUGGAGCUGCUCACGGCACACCGCAGCCUCGCACACGUCCACCUAACGCACCGCAGGACGGGGCAAAAGGCGCACUGGCUCUUCUGGGCGCAGGCGGAGCGCUCCAGUGCUGCGCUUUCCAGCUGUGACGUGUCAGACAGCACCGCAGUAGCGCUCUUUUCACCAACGUUCUUCUUCGGCAUCCAUGAUCGUGGCGUGCUGCGUCGGUGCCUGCGUGAGGUCCUCGCCACCGGUGCGCUUGCGAAGGGUGAUCGCUCUCUCGCACGCCUGUUUUCUGCGAUCCCCGUGUCUGCCGUCGAGCACGCUGUGAAAUUGCUAGGAACUGUAGAGAGCGACGCUCUCUCCUGGUGGGCGUCACUUUACACAGAGGCCGGCAACUUUGAAGGUGCAUUUGCGGUACUGGAGGCGACGGCAGCGCGUGGGUGUCUGCCACACAUGGGCGUGCUGGUGAUGCUACUUGAGGCACUGCGAGACGAUCGCCAGAACUUUCUGCGGGCCGUUGCGCUACUGCGUUCUUCGUUCUCACAAGUGUCGGAGACUGUUCUACGUGCGUUUGUUGAACGGACAGCCGCGGGCAUCACCCAUACCACGCCCCUCGCGCUUUCCACGAGGCAAGCGAUGCAGGCGUUGAAUACAUUGGACCUGAUGAGCGCGGCGCACCGUCCCGCCACUACUCCAGACGCCACCACCGAUGACGCUUCAAGCACAACAGCACCCCUGCUCGCGUUUGCUGAGGUGGCUGAUAGCUUGAAGAUGCCAAUACCGCUGCACGUUGGUGCGAUAGAGGGUCUUAUUGCAGCGAGCUUGAAGCUUGACUACGAUGUCUCGUUGACAGUGGACGUGGUGUCUGCCAGCGGCGAGUGCUGUUGGUCGUGGACAUCGACGCCUGAGUGA